AUGAGCCAAGCCGCCGUCGACAAGCUACGGAAAAGACGACGCGACGACGACGAGUACGAGGUACCCACAGUGGCCACACUCCUGCGAAAACGAAAUCGCUCCCACGCCAUCCACGGCCAGAACUUGCCCGUCGCCCGCAAGCUCGAGGUGUUGGACCGCGAGGGGCUCCAGCAGCUCAUCGGCGACCUCAUCCAGCUCCACCCGGAGAUUGAAACCACCCUCGUCAACCAGAUCCCCACCCGCCCCACGGUGGAACAGUGCAUCGACAUCAUCCGCGCCAAAUACGACGACGUCAUCGCCCACUUGCCCUACAAGUGCUCGGUGGAGCUGGACUACCUGUACUUGCGGGUGAAGCCCUACAUUCGCGAGUUGUUGGCGUGCAUGCUGGAUUUCAUCCUCCACUUCCUCCCGCCGGUGGAAACCGAUAUCACCAACCUGAUCACGUUUUUGGAAGCCGCCACUUCAGUGUUGGACCAGCUCCCCAACUUCACCAACCUGGAGUUCCAGUAUACUCAGCAGACCGCCUACGAGCAGGUGGCAAACACGUGGUUGCUCGUGGUGCUGGUCGAUGCCGACGACGAGACUCAGAGACAGAAGGCGCGCUUGUUGACCAAGAUGGACGCCUUGGAGUGUCUCGAGCGCCACAACACACACGCCCGCGGCAAGUUCAACCCGGUGAUCGAGUACUUAAAGAGCCACGUCGACGACGCCGCCCCGGCGCCGGCCCCGGGGUUCUCCGACUUGAUCACCGUCGACUACUCAAAAUACUGCACCCCCACGGUCAGCGACUAA